CACCCACCCACCCACGUCCACGCAUCAUGUUCCGAUCUGCCAUCAUGGCCCGGGACCCGCCAUCCAAUGUGGCCAGCGGCACACUGCUUGGCAAGCCCUUUCCUUUUCGCAUCCCCUUCGCGCCGGAGGCCCCGUCCUUGGAUCACCAGGUUGGGACCCCGUUCGAGUCGCCGGCCCUUACACAUCGGCCUCCUCGGCCAGAGUCUCGGGACGAUGAUGAUGACGAUUCCGAGGGGUUCUCCACCAUCGACGUGGGCCAGUUCCAAGGCCGCGCCGCCCACGCCGAGCGUAUGUCCAUCCUGGGCUGCUGGAAUGAGUAUGGCCAGGCCCUGCGGUCGUUGAUCUGGCUGUCCUAUCGGUCGGGCUUCCAGGAUGCCAAUCGCACGCAGCGCAUCACGGAUGCCGGCUGGGGCUGCAUGUACCGUGUCAUUCAGAUGGUCCUUGCCAACACCCUUCGCCGCCGGAUUCUUGGCGACGACUGGCGCCCGGGCUACAAUGUUGAGAAAACCCUUCGCAAGUACCGACAGAUUCUGGCCCUCUUUGCCGAUUGCCACGACUCUCUCGAUCACAGGUUUGCCCCCUUCUCCAUGCAGGCCCUCACGAGCCUGGCCUACUCGCGAUCGAUCCCGGUCAAUGGCUGGAUCGGACCGCACUUCGCGUCGACCCUCAUCCGCGACCUGCAACCCAAGCAAGAUUGCAUCCGUCUCAAGGUGUAUGUCGGUACCGAAGGGACCAUCAUCCAAUCUGAAGUCCAUGCCCUUUUUGAGGAGGACCGCCAAGCUAUGCUUGCCUUGGGGGUUGCCUCGAGACAAUCCUCCUCGAUGGACGAGACCAUCAGCUCGACCCCGGUGUCUCCCUCGCCGUCUGGAUCACUGCAGGCGCCGAUUGAUGUCGAACUGCCCGAGUGUGGUGUUCUCAUUCUCCUGCCACUGAAGCCGGACCUGAGCUGCAUCCGCCCCGACAUCUUUGAGCACAUGAAGGCCUGCCUCCUCAUGCCACAGUCGAUGGGGAUCGUCGGGGGUCGGCCGAAUCUGGCGCACUUUAUCGUCGGCAUGGAGGGCGAGAACUUCACUUUCCUAGACCCACACACUACGCAGGUGGCCUUGAAGUUCCCGACGGAGCUACAUUCUGUCCCGGAGCGGUAUUUCUCCAGUUAUCACACUUCGGCCAUUCAGCUGCUGCACUACUCGAAGUUCGAUCCGAAUUUCGCCGUGGCCUUCUACUGCGCCACGCAGCGUGACUUUGCUGAUCUGACCGAUCGGCUGGCGGAACGCGCCCGGCACAGCCCGGACUUUUUCCUUCGCGUGCUGGCCCAGGCCCCGCCUGAGGAAAAUAUCUCCAUCAAGGUGGAGACCAGCAUGGAUUCCAGUGACGACGAGCUCCUCCUCCUGGAUAUCAAUCCCACCUAGGCAUUUGUGCUAUUCUCCUCGGGUCAUGCAAGCGAGAAACCGGGCGGGAAUGGCGAAGAAGCCGGGCCCCCCCCCCCCCCCCUGGCACAAGUAUCACCCUUCUCCGGGAAGCGUGGCCCCUGAAAAGGGGAAUACACGUUGCGUUUGUUCC